AUGCGCGCACGCACACGCGGGGCGAACGGAUGCGCUUGGCCGUCAACAAACCACAACUUCCUCCGUUGCUACGCACCUGGAAAUAUCAUAUUCCUUCGACGCGACCUCCGGGAACUCUGGGAGACAAACCGCUUAUUGAUAAUACCCCAUCCUGAUCAUUUGCAGAAGCUUAAGUAUUGCCCUGUGUCGGGUACCAUCUCAUCCCGCAAGACAUGUUGGUGGUGCAGCGGUCGCUUGCUCAAUUUCUGGCCUGCUCGGGAUAUCAUCAGAUGGAGAUGGGCAUUCAGUUCAUGCCAUCCGAACGAUCGAACGCAGUAUUGUUCUCCUCUGUUGGAUGACGAAACUGUCCGCUUUUGUCGCCAGUUCCGGCCAAUCCUCUUAGGGAUUAAGAGGAGAUGUUUUGGCGACACCAGUGCGAGCAGCCAGGAUUACAUCGGAGACGCUGAACGGGAAGUCGGCAUUCGACCCCCUGCAGAAUUUGAGGAUGCAGAGAUGCUCGCUUAUCGACAAGAGCAAGCUGGCGAUGUGCAGCCUGUUGUGCAAAAGUGCAUUCCCCUACAAUAUCCAUGGUUCUCGGGAUAUCGGCUACAGAAACAUCGGUCGAACCCUAAGUUCGACCUGGUUAUUCAUUCAAGUCUCUGCUCCUCCUUGCUUGGGGUAGUGGUUGUUGACUUUUGGUCAACCUGGUUCCUUUGGGACUACCAGCUCUCACAGGAUCACUGCUCCUCCAGUACGACUGAGCAGAUUUCUGCUUCGUCACCUCCACCAAAAGGGCUUCCAUAUACCCUCAAAGCGGCACCUGGUGUCGCGCCACCGGUCCAAACCCGUAGGUCAUCGCCCAUCAAGAACUCGUUAGCUACUACCAGAGACACCCACCCACUCACCCAGAAGACAUAUUCACCAUCCUACGGAUCGACGUCGAACCUACGCAAACAGCAGAAAGUGCACAGUCACCCAUCAACGAACAACCACUCGAACUCCCUGAAGUUCACUCCACCCGCACCAACCAAUGCACCGGUUGAAGUCCCUAUGGCAAUGUUCACUCAAGAAGACAUCAAUCAGCGCAUCGCUGUCACCCUCACAGCAUACCAAUCCCAACAGUCAACGGCCAACCGACCCCUUCACCUCGACAUUCCCGCUCCCGAACCCUUCAGCGGAAAAGCAGAGGACCUCAGACGCUUUAUCCAAUGCAUCCUCUCCUACUUCGUCGCCACCAACAACACCCGACUCAGCGAUGAAGCAAAGAUUGCCUUCACUGUAGCGCUGAUGAGGAAGGAUCUGGGGAAAACAUGGGCGGACACGUAUUACGAAAAGUCAGCAGGGGGAGUCCAGGUCUAUUCCACUUGGGCAGACUUCGUUGCCGCUCUAGAAGAGGUGUUCCCUGAGCACGGAACGCGAAUCAAGGCACAUCAAAUCCUGAUGAAACUACCUGAACGACAGAAGGAUAGGAAGACGGCGCUCUCCCUCGGUAACUACGUCACCCGCUUCGAGCAGCUAGCAUCAAAGGCUCAGCUCAAGGACACCGAGGUCAAUGGCACCAACUGCAUCGAGAACGACUACCACACUCUCCAUGCCAACUUCGGGGCUCUCGUCAUCACAGACACCAGGGACUAUGGCGAACCAAUGGAUAUCGACGCCGCUGCCGUCGCAUCAACCUUCGCCUCCACAUCGGGAGGAAGGAAAUGGGAACUAGGAGCCGUUCUCAACAAGGCCGAUCAGAAGCUCCACAGGGACGGGAACCUGUGCUUCUACUGCCACAUCAAGGGCCACAGUGCCAAGGAUUGCCGCAAGAAAGCGGCCGCACGACAAGGGGGUGGGAGGCCGAACCAGGGAGGAUCUGGGAAGGACGACUUCUGCGCCAGAAUCAAGACACUCUCCGCUGACGAAAAGCGGGAGUUGUAUGAAGAACUUAUGAUGGAGGAUUUUUGA